AUGGAUUCUUCGACAUCUUUUACAGGAUCAAACUUCGGGCUUCAAAUUGGACACAACCAUGGAGCGACCAAUGCGCAUUUCCACUUGCCUCCAGCCGCAGAAGAGCGACCGCAACCCCUUGCUAUGAUUCCCUUCGGACGCGAUCCAGAUUUCAGAGAGAAAAGCAAUGAACAGGUCUUAGCAGAUCCAAAUGGCAGCAUUGAUGGUAUAGCUCCAUUCAAUCUGUCUCAGUUAGAAUUCGAGGACAGCGUUGCCACGCUCAAUGACUACUCUUUCAUUUCCAUUGAUCAUGAGACACUUACCUUCGAGAUGCAUGGUCUUGUACAACUUUCGAUCCAGGAGUGGCUUAGCACACAAGAAAGACUCGAGCACUGGAAAGAGAUAUUUGUUCGAAAUCUAUAUCUGGAAUUUCCAAAAUUCACCAAUUUCGAAAACAUUUCUAGAUCUCGAGCCUUAUUCCCACACGUUCAAUCAGCGUUAUCACAUGGCCCAGAUUCAAAUCAUCGACUAAGGUGGGCCAGACUUAUCCGUCAUGCCUCUGAUUAUGUGCUCUUCUGCGAUAAACCAUAUGAAGCGAAACGCAUGACCGUCAUCUCACGGAAGGAAACCGAGGAUAGUCUCGGGUGGGAACAUCCAGAGACAAUUGUUGCCUCCGCUUUCGAAGUGAAGUCACUGAUGAAUUGCGAAGACUUCAAGACUGCCGAGGAGCGAUGUCUCCAAACGAUCGAAGCAUGUACCGAUUUUCAUUUGGAAACAGGCUACAAAAUCUAUCUCACGUUUCGCUGGCUUCUCGCCGAGAUAUAUCAUCGGCAAGGCUCUCAUCGGUGGGCUGAAUCUGAAACUGAAUACAAAGAGCUAUGGAAGACGUGGGAGCGAGAACAUCCGGACGAGGAAGAGCCUAUUAUCUCCAUUAAGGCAGCCCUAGCCGAACUAUAUGGAGACCAAAAUCGUCUUGACGAAGCAGAGAUUCUACUUCAACAAGUGAUAGAAUCACGCAAUAUAGUUCAGACAGGUAGGCCUCGAGACGUGAAUUAUCACAUGAAGAACUUGGCAUCUUUGUAUCAAAAACAAGGUCGACAUGAAGAAGCGAUGAAUCUUUUCGUACAUGUGCUUGAAAGCGAAGAAGGUCAAUUUGGGCUAAAGGACCCGCGAACACUUUUGAGCAUGAGAAGCUUUGCAUGCGCAAUGAAAACCCAAUCACAUUCCUGGGAAGCGAUGUUUCUGAUGCAAGAAGUCUUCGAAAUGCAGAGAAUGGUUCUUGGAGUAGACCAUAGGGAAACAACAUGGACAGCAGCUCUACUAUUUGACUUAUUAGUAGAGAAUGACGAGCUAGAAGCCGCCGCAUCUCUUGCGGAAAGCUUGAUCAGUUGUCUUGACCCAGAUGCUCAUUUUGCCCUCGUCUAUUCAGGUAGACUUGGACACAUAUAUCUAGCACAAGGCCAAGGAGAGAAGGCUAAAGACAUCAUGACCAACUCACUCGAAAGAAAGAGACAACUUCAUGGAGCGGAGCAUGAUGAAGUGAUCAAUGCCCAAUUUGAUCUAGCAUUAUGGUACGAGGAGCAAGGCCAACUCCGUGAGGCCGAAGCUCACCAUCAGCACAUGUACCAGGUUCGCCAGCGAACUCUUGGUAGCGAACACCCAGAGACACUUACAAGUCUUCAACGCCUUGUAGAUCUCUAUUUGAUGCAUGAUGGUCUGGUCAGUUCUGAGUCACUAUCGUCGAUGCUAGCUCAACUCUCUAGAUCAAGAGAAGCAAUUCUUGGGAGAGAAGAUCCUCAGACUCUUCUGAAUCUAUUUGCACUGUCGAUGGAAUAUAAUUCACAGGAAAACUCAGUUGAUGCUGCUACUUUACAGCAAGAGAUUCUUGAGAUCUGCCUGCGGAAAUCUGGUAAUGGGUUUGAUGCACUACCACUUCUGCUCGAAGCAUUGGUUGCCAGCUGGGAAACGCUCGGCCGCGAUGAGGAUGCUGCAUGCCUGAAAAGACACAUCGAUUUUAUUCUGGACGACAUGUCCCCUGAGGAAAUUGCGUUGCUGCUCAAUUCCUCGAAAACUUUGGCAGGCGUUUUGGAAAGGUCAUACUCAGUUGCGCAAGCGUCAGGGGGAGUAUAA